AUGGCACAAGAAGAAGUAGUCGAUGUGAGGGUGGACCCGCUAGGGGAUGAUGAUGCGGAGGAGUUAGCAGUGCGAUACAGGACGGAGACACGGAUGGUGGGAGCGGGGGUGGGGGAACCGGUGGGAGAAUCGCAGGCGUCAGCCCUGAUAUUGGCUCCAAAGCCACUAAGCCAGGUAGAGCCAAAUCAGGGGCACACUAAGGCGGACAAAUCCACACUCACGGCGGCGGAUUUGGAGGUUAUCAGGGAACGAUACCAGAUUCCGGCGGAGGUAGAGUUACUGCUGCCAACAUCAAGGGAAAUGCCGUCUACUGCGAGGCCAGGGGAGUUUUCUCUGUAUGAGGAGGUGCUAAAAGACCCUGUAAAAGAAAAGGUCAGAAAGGAGGGGGAGGCUCUGAAAAAGAAGAAGAAGAAGAGGAGUGCCCCAGAGGAAGCCGCAGAUGAGUCUGGGGCCAAGAGGGCUAAGGUAGCCCCAACUGAGGUGGAGGUCCCUAUGGCCAAGGACGCCCCAGAGGUGGUGGAGAUCAUCCUAACGGUAGAGGUUGUGGAGAUUGCUCCAACAGUGCAAGUGGAGGCUGGGCUGACUGAGGAGUUGGGGGAGGAGUGUGCCAGGGCAGAGGAGGAGAAGGGGAGGCUUCUGAGGGAGUGGGAAACAGAGAAGGCAAAGGCGGUGGCGGAGCUGGAGAGUCUGAAGAAGGGGGUGGAAGAGGAGAGGGCGACGACGGUUGCUGAAAGGGGGGCCCUGCAAAGAGAGCUGGACGAGGAGAGGGCGAAGGCGGCGUCUGAAAAGGUGGCCUACCCUGAUCUGUGCGUCGCAACAGUGGACGAGUUGGGGGAGGAGCGUGCCAGGGCAGAGGAGGAGAAGGGGAGGCUUCUGAGGGAGUGGGAAACAGAGAAGGCGAAGGCGGUGGCGGAGCUGGAGAGUCUGAAGAAGGGGGUGGAAGAGGAGAGGGCGACGGCGGUUGCUGAAAGGGGGGCCCUGCAAAGAGAGCUGGACGAGGAGAGGGCGAAGGCGGCGUCUGAGAGGGCGGCCUACCCUGAUCUGUGCGUCGCAGCAGUGGAGCAAUAUAAAGGGUCCCCCGAAUUUCAGAUGGGCAGUGGAGCAAUAUAA